AUGUUUAGAUACAUAUCAAUAACAUUGCAGCUGUUGCUGAUUUUAUCUUUGUGCUUGGUGUCAGUGACCAAGUCAGAGAAGUUGACCACUUAUACUCUGUUGAUGUCUGUUGACUAUGAGAGUGGCACAUUGGACUCGAAUGUUACCAACCUCCAAUGGACAAAUGCAAACGCUUCAGACGCAGCCACUCUUGUGACACCAGGCUUCAAUGGUUCAAAGUAUGCCAUCGCACACAAGGUUGAGGUUGGCAACAGCGGUUACUUCUCAAACAACAACUGGAGGAGUGAGAGCUCAACAAACAAUAUCAGAAACGCAGGCUUAUACCAGCCGGGCGACGAACGUCGUUACGAAAUCUCACUCAGACUGCACAACUGGAUCGAGGGUCCGUAUGUCAGUGCCAUCUUCCAGUCCAAGCUCAGUGGCGGUGGCUAUCCAGCAUGGCUGUUCAUCGCAUUCAACAACUCUAUCAGCUUCAGAGUGCGACAGCUCAACAUCACCAAGGUCAUUGUACCAGACUACCGCCCAAUUGUCGACAAGUGGAUCAGCCUCAGAGUCGACUGUCUUUGGGCUGAUGACCAGACUGGCUACCUCAAUGUCUCGGCCAUGCUGCCCGGAGACACUGACUACUCUUGGAACUGGUAUCAGGACAAAACAAAGACAUGGAAUCCAGAGGCCAACAUCUCAACUGGAUACACCAAAUGGGGAUUAUAUCUCCCGGAUGCCCAACCCAAUGUCGGCGACCCAUCCAAUACAAGAGUCAUCUAUCAUGACAACUUUAAGAUAUACCAAAUCAAUCAUACCGAAUCAACUACCACCACAACAACAUCCACUCCAACGACAACAACAACAACGACGACAACAGGUGGUCCUUCCAACUCCAACCGUUUGAUACCAAGUUUGAUCACUAUACUUAUUCUUGUUUCUGCCAUCUUCCAACUUUUAUAA